GGUUGGCAGAGAGGCGCAUACGGUAAUCAUGGGCACGGUAGCUUAACCCCCUUGUCAUUUCUCUUUCUCCUUUGGCAUUUCUGUUUCCAUAUUCUCUGCACUUUUCUGCAGCAAAGGACUCCAAAACUUUUCAGGCGAAAUUUCAGAGGAUUUUAGAUUCAAUUCUUUCAGGUAAUAACAAAUGGAGUUUUUUAGAGAAGUUGGAGAACUCCGGGGUAACCAGGGCAUGGAAGAGGAAGAGGGUGUUAUGUCCGUAGAGCCGAUUGCGAUGAUUGUACCGCCGGAAUUGCAAGACUUGCCGAAAACCCUUACACCCGAGAACAGUGCCAGUUCGAGUGCACACGAGGGCUUCGAUGCUAAUCAUUCUUCGCCAUCUAAAGGGUCGUCAUCAGAGAAGACUCCCAGUGCUGGAAAAGAUGUGGGGGAGGGCGAAGUAAUCCCUUGCUGGAAACUGUGGAGAUGGAGCUUAGGGCAUACUUACAUGAACUACCCCACGCUAACUCCUGACGAUCUGGAGUUUAAGGAUAGAAUAACAAACUAUGUAAAGGCAGUGGGGUUAAUUGAUUUGGAGGCCCUGGUUACCCUUGAGGUGCUCACUGUGCGCGGGUUUGUGGAUGUUGCAAACCUGUUCAGUGAAGGAGAUAUGAGUAGCAUGCUCAAGAGACAACGUGAACGGGCUCAACGCUCACGAGCUAGAGGGGCUUGGUCUAGCACGCAAUGGCAAACGCGCUUUGACGAGCGAUCGCCUACAGCUCCUCGCAGCUCAUCACAAAGAGAGCGAGGCUCCAGCUCGGCUUCAUGGCCACACGCCGAGCGGAGAGUAGAAGCAGUUUCUAUUGAGACUUGGAGGUGUGCUCGCAAAGACUCCAAUGUUGAAGAUGACGUACCAUUGAUUUGGCGCAGAUUGAACUCUGGGAGUCAAUCUGGAGCAGUGCGCUCACCUGACACGCCCGUUGCCCAGGCGCACAACACUGCUGAGGCAUUACCCACACCAGCAGCUAGCAUGGGCCCCAGAAUCACAUACCCUGAGGGCUUUAGCUAUACUAAAGUCGACUGUCAGCUCACCAUGGUUCAGGGCAGCUCGCAGGACUGUUGCAAGUGGUUGACAUCUGACAAGGCGAGCUUGGAGGAUGAGGUGAACCGUUUGCAAAGCUCAGAGAUGGCCAACAAGGCUGCAUCAGCCGAGAGCCGAGCUGAUGAGUUGGCCAACAAAGUCAACCAGCUAAAGGAGGAGCUGGAGAAGGUUCAGGUCAAGAAAGAGAGUGGGAUCCAGGCGGCCCUGGAUGAGGUCGUUCGUGCGGUGGAUCGCUCGCAGAAGGCUGAAGCUGAAAGAGACAGCACUCUGAAUGAACUCAACACUCUUAGACAACAAGUAGCAGUGGCUGAUCAGGACCUUACUCAAGAUGCUGUUGCUGUGGCUUCCAUGAACACCACGAUAGAGAUUUAUAAUGACGUUCGUGGGAAAGUGUUGAAGCACCGACCAAACUUUCCAAUUGGCAAGUUGGCGUUUUUUGAGGGUGAGGAGUUUGAUGAAGAGGGGAAAAGCCUUGCUUCCCCUGCUGACACCACGGUGCGACACCGGUGGGAGAUGAACAAAGAUGGAGUGCCUAUACGGCCUCCAUCCAUUUUAGAAGAGGGAGAAGAUUUUGAGAACCUGCCUAGGUUCGAUUCCUGGGCAGGUGACGCACCUGCAGAAUAAGCUGAACCCUCAAGCACUCCACCUGCACCUCAGCCUGUCCCUGUUGCUACCAUUCCUUCUCCAGCUCUGCUGACGCGUCCAUUCCCGUUGAUUUAACAGAUGAUUAGGAUUAGGUUUUAUAUUUUGCUUUUGUCUUUGUAGUUUUAAUAUUUCCAUGUCUAGGACAGUUUUUGUACUUGCUUUGAUAUUACAUGUAACAAAUUUGCAAGAAAUACAACUAGAGAAUUUUC